AACUAUGCCACUGCCAGCUCACUCCGCCUCCCUGGAGCCCCGGGGGGCCGCCAAGUGCAGCCGGAGAUGAGGGUGUCCGUGCCAUCUGACCUCGGCGGGCUCUGACUGCCACCUGGCCAGUUCAGACCUGCUUGCCCAAGGCAUGGAGGGAAAAGAACUUCUGGAGGCUGAGGACAGAGCGGACAGCCCAAGUUCCAGAAAUGAAGACCAGCCUGAGGCCUCACGUGGAGGGCAGGUCCUUGGCCCGGCUGCCCUCUGGGACCUGCUGGAAAAGAAGUUUCUGGAAUACCAGCAGUUGACUUACAGGAGCCCCGAGGAACGCCGGGAGAGCCUGCUGAGUCUUCUUCCCCUGUUCCUAAAGGCCUGGGAACACUCAGUGGGCAUCAUCUGCUUCCCCAGUCUCCAAAGGCUGGCAGAAGACGUCUCCGACCAGCUUGCCCAGGAGAUACAGAACGCCCUGGCUGGGAAGCCUGCAGAACAGGCACGGGUUGCUGCUGGGCAGCUGCUGCGAUGGAAGGAUGACGUAGGGCAGGAUGGGUACCUGCUGCUGAAGUCAGCAUAUGUGCUCACGGGGACAGACUCGGAGUCCCUGGGCAGAGUGGCUGAGUCUGGGCUUCCAGCCCUGCUGCUGCGCUGUCUUUACCUCUUCUUCGUCUUUCCUCUGGAAAAGGAGGAGUCUUCUGAUGGUGACGUGCAAGUCCAGAGGAUGUUUGUGCAGAUGCUGCUGAACAUCUGCGGCGACCCCCGGGGCUUGGAGGGGCUGGUCUCAGGCAGCGAGCUGCAGUCUCUGCUGAUCGCCACCACCUGCCUUCGGGAGCACAGCUGCUGCUUCUGGAAAGAGCCCACCUUCUGCGUGCUGAGGGCCAUCUCCCAGGCCCAGAACCUUAGCAUCAUCCAGCACCUCAAGGCCACAGACUGCGUCCGGCUCUCGCUGCAGAACCUCUCGCGCCUAGUGGACACCCUCCCAGCGCCAGAGGCCAGCGAGGCUGUCAGCCUGAUCCUGGGCUUCGUGAAGGACGCCUACCCUGUCUCCUCGGCUCUGCUGCUGGAGUUCGAGAACGCCGAGGGCUACCCCCUGCUGCUUAAAGUGCUAUUGCGGUAUGACAGGCAGGCACCAGGCGAUGCGGACCCCCACCUGGAGGAGCUCGUGGGUCUGGUGGUGUGGCUGACGACCUGCGGGAGGUCGGAGCUCAAGGUGUUUGACAGCGUCACUUACCCGCAACUCGAAGGCUUCAAGUUCAAUCACGAGGAGUCAGGGGUGACCGUUAAGAAUCUCCAGGCCUUCCAAGUCCUGCAGAAUGUGUUCCACAAAGCCAGUGACUCUGUCCUCUGUAUGCAAGUUCUGUCGGCCAUCAGGACCAUGUGGGCCUGGAACUCCCGCAACUUCUUUCUGCUGGAGUGGACGCUGCAGCCCAUCUCGCAGUUUGUGGAGAUCGUGCCCCAGAAACCAGCUCCGGUGCAAGUGCAGUUCUUCCAGCUGCUGGAGGCCUUGGUGUUUGAGCUACACUACGUGCCGCACGAGAUCCUGCGGAAGGUGCAGCGUCUGAUCAAGGAGAGCCCCGUGCCGUCCUGUACCCUCGUGGCCCUACAGAGUGUUCUCCGGAUUGCGGGCAGGGAUUUGCUCUUCACUGACAUCUUCCGCGACUCGGGGCUCCUGGGCCUGUUGCUGGCGCAGCUGCGGAAGCAAGCCAAGAUCAUGAGGAAGUCAGGAAACAGAGAGUCCAGUCUUGGCAUUCAGGAUCCGGAACGAGAACUCACUUGUGUGAUGCUGAACGUUGUGGUCGCACUUCUGAAAGGCUCUGUUCGGAACGCAGUUGUCCUAAAGGACCAUGGCAUGGUGCCCUUCAUCAAGAUCUUCCUGGACGAUGAGAGCUACCGGGCGGCUUCGCUCAGCAUCUUGGAACAGCUGUCAGUCAUCAACGCCGAGGAGUACAUGAGCAUCAUCGUGGGUGCCCUGUGCUCAUCCACUCAAGGGGAGCUGCAGCUGAAACUGGACCUGCUCAAGGUGAAGCCCAAGCCUCCUCUGGGAUUGGCUUUCCCUUGGAUAGGAACCAAGCAUCCCACACUUGUCACCUGAUUGGCCACUGCGUUGGAUAACGACAGAUCCUAUCCCCCAAUAGCUGGUCAUGUUGGGGAUUUCUUUCUGGUUUUUAGUUCAUUCAAUGAUCUGAGAUUGUCCCUGGGGACAGCUGUCACCUGGGCGUCUUACUCAGCCAGCAGAUCAGAGGAGAGAGGCCAGGAGGAACUGCACAAGGCAUUGUUUAAGUCCAGAACUGGCACGUACUAACUUCUACAGAACCCUGAAUCUGAGCUACUUGUAUGCAAGGAGUGAUGGGAAAUGCAGCCCUUCACUAGGCAGCUAGUUGACUUAAUCAGGGUCUUUUGGGCAUCUCGCAGUGGCUGGGUUUGAUGCAGCAGAGCAAGACACAGCUUUUGGCGCUGGGAGCCCAUAGACUUAUGCUAAUAGUGCGAACCAGGGUCUACUGUGGGAGUAGAAAACUAGGAGAGAUUGUUGCUUUCUUUCCUGCUGGAGGGAGGCUCACAGAGGGGAGAAUGGGAGAGCCAGAGAAGGAAACCAAGGGUGCUCAGAUCUGUGGGACCACUGGGUGCAGAAGAACAAGUGAGAUUAGGCUGUAGCAUGUGAGUGACGGAGAAAAGUAUAUACUUCUGCAGGAUUGUGAGUAAUCAUCAAAAGCCCUCAAAAUACUCGACCGAAUAUAAUGAAUAUCAUCCCUCUCGUUCGCUCUGCCCUACAUCAGUCACACUUUUAGAGAUUCUCUGUACUUUGUGUUACACCAUUUGAAGAAAGAGUGGCAGAAGGCCAACAUCUUCCCGCAGGGAGCUUACUCUGGGACUUCUUGUGUGCAAAACGACUUGACUGCCCACAGCAUAUUUUUGUGGCAUUGGCAAAUCCCACGUAUUGAUGAGUUAGUGAAGCUCCAGGGCUGGCAUGGUGUGUUAUCAGGCUAAUACUCUGCCUGCGGUGCCAG